AUGGGGAGCUUCUUCACUGGUUAUCUUGCGCCAUCCAAACUUCUUUUCUACUUUCUCUUCCAUGGUCUUCAUCUGGCCUUAUUUGCUGUAGGAUGGUAUCUACAGGAGACAAGUAAGAAGUUGACCCUUCUUAAUCUAUUAAACUUUUCAGUAUGGAUAUCUCGUGGCGCCGGACUGGCCUUAUCGGUUGAUGGGACCCUGAUCCUUCUCCCUAUGUGCCGGACGCUGUUGAGAAUUGUGCGACCGAAGAUAAAGUGGCUACCGUUGGAUGAGUCUAUCUGGUUUCAUCGACAAGUAGCCUACUCGCUGCUCUUCUGGACAAUUGUUCAUGCUUGCGGCCACUAUGUCAACUUCUUCAACGUGGAGAAGACCCAAGUCCGUCCAAACCUAGCUGUCCAAAUCCAUUAUGCCGAGGCUGGUGGGGUGACUGGCCAUAUUAUGAUGCUUUGCAUGCUUCUCAUGUACACGACAGCCCAUGCAAAGAUUAGGCAGCAAUCUUUCGAGACAUUCUGGUACACUCAUCACUUAUUUAUCCCGUUUAUGCUUGGUCUCUAUACCCACGCGACGGGUUGUUUCGUCCGUGAUACCGCGCAGCCAUUUUCUCCAUUCGCCGGCGCAGCCUUCUGGGACCACUGCCUGGGUUAUGAGGGUUGGAGAUGGGAGCUCUUCGCAGGCGGCUUCUACCUGAUCGAACGCUUGUAUCGCGAAGUGAGGGCCAGACGAGAGACUGUGAUAACUAAGGUCAUCAAACAUCCGUACGAUGCCAUGGAGAUUCAGUUCAGGAAGCCCAGUUUCAAGUACAAGGCUGGCCAGUGGCUUUUCCUCCAGGUUCCGGAGGUGUCUACUAUGCAGUGGCACCCUUUUACGAUUACGUCUUGUCCAUUCGACCCGUAUGUCAGUGUCCACAUCCGUCAAGUUGGAGACUUCACUCGUGCGCUUGGUGAUGCCCUGGGUUGCGGUCCCGCUCAAGCCAAGGAAUUAGACGGUCUGGAUCCCAUGGGUAUGUACGAGAUUGCUAUGCAGAAUGGACAGAAGAUGCCCAGUCUCCGUAUCGAUGGGCCCUACGGAGCACCAGCUGAGGAUGUCUUUGAUAACGAAAUUGCCGUCUUGAUUGGAACCGGUAUCGGUGUCACGCCAUGGGCAUCGAUUCUCAAGAACAUUUGGCAUUUGCGAAACAGCCCCAACCCGCCAAAGCGUCUGCGUCGCGUGGAAUUCAUCUGGAUCUGCAAAGACACUACCUCGUUUGAGUGGUUCCAAGCUUUGCUAUCCUCCCUCGAAGCGCAAUCACAACAGGCAGCUACGAAACAGGGUGGCGAAUUCCUUCGCAUUCACACAUACCUUACCCAGCGGUUGGAUCAGGAUACGGCCGCCAACAUUUAUCUGAACUCAGUCGGUCAGGAUAUCGACCCUCUAACAGAACUGAGGAGUCGAACUAGUUUUGGUCGUCCUGACUUCAAGCGUCUGUUUGGAGCGAUGCGCGAUGGUCUCGUCGAUCAAACAUACAUGUCCGGCCUGGAGGGUAACAUAACGACAAAGGUGGGAGUGUAUUUCUGCGGUCCCAAUGUUGCUGCCAGACAGAUCAAGUCUGCUGCCAAGGAGGCUUCGACGAGAGAGGUCAAGUUCAAGUUCUGGAAAGAGCACUUCUGA